AUGUCGGCCGUCGCCAUCGACCUCACGAUCCCCGCCGCGCCCGCCGGCUACUCCAAGCCCUCCGCCUCGGGCAAGCCUUCGGCUCCCAAGGAGCUCGAGGUCUAUCCUGCCGGCCCGUCGUACAUCUCGUACGCUCGCCGUGAGCUCCUCCAGAUGUCGUUCGCCGAGGACGACGAGGCCGAGAGCUCGGCCCGCGCCGCUAAGGCUGCCGCCAAGGCCGCCGAGGACGGAGAGCAGCUCUACCCCGGUCUUGGUGAGGAGCAGGAGGACAAGGCCCUCCUUGCCUCUGACCCGAAGGAGUGGAAGAAGCAGGACCACUACGCCAUCCUUGGUCUCGGACACCUCCGUUACACCGCCAACGACGACCAGAUCAAGAUUGCCCACCGCCGUAAGGUCCUCCGUCAUCACCCGGACAAGAAGGCCGACCACGACGAUGGUUUCUUCAAGUGUAUCCAGAAGGCGUUCGACCAGCUCACGAACCCGGAGCGCCGCCGGCAGUUCGACUCGGUCGACUGGAACAUCUCGGACGCUGUCCCGAACCCGAAGACCGUUCCUGCCGACAAGUACUGCGAGGUGUUUGGCCCCAUCUUUGUCCGCGAGGGCCGUUUCUCCAACAUCCAGCCCGUUGCCGAGUUCGGUGGACCCGACGCCAGCAAGGCCGAGGUCGAGGGCUUCUACGACUUCUGGUACAACUUCGACUCGUGGCGUUCGUUCGAGUGGCACGACAAGGAGGUCAACGAGGGCUCCGAGUCGCGUGACGACAAGCGUUACACCGAGAAGAAGAACAAGAGCGAGCGCACGCGUAUGAAGAAGGAGGACAACGCCCGUCUUCGUGAGCUCGUCGACUCUGUUCUCGCCAACGACCCGCGCAUCAAGCGCAUCAAGGAGGAGGAGAAGGCCGCCCGUCUCGCCAAGAAGAAGGGCGGAGCUGCCAACGGCGCCGCCAAGCCCAAGCCCCUCACCCCCGCCGAGAAGAAGAAGCUCGAGGAGCAGAAGAAGAAGGAGGAGGCCGAGCGCAAGGCCGCCGAGGCCGAGGCCAACAAGGCCUCCAAGGCCGACCGUGAGGCCGCCAAGAAGGCCAAGGAGGCCGCCCGCAAGAACCUCAAGAAGUGGAAGAAGGCCGUUGCCACCGCCAUUGCCAACUCGAACUACUUCCAGGCCGCUGGCUCCGCCCCCUCCGCUGCCGUCAUCGAGAAGCAGCUCGCCGAGCUCGACGCCAUUGUCGAGCUCUCCGAGCCCGAGGCCAUCAAGGGCCUCAAGGAGAAGGUCGAGGCUGCCGGCACCGGCGAGCCCGUCAAGGAGGUCCUCAAGGCCCAGGUCGCCGCCCUCGGCGACAAGGGCGCCGGCAAGUUCACCGAGUUCGCUUAA